AAAGCAUUCUCCCAUUCAGGCAGGCAUGAUCGUGUUAAUCAGCUGAAGCUGAAUACGAUCAGCCAUAGAACACAGACCGCGGGCGAUCUCGUGAUUCCCCGUGAUCCGAUCGAACCGAGGAUACAAAUCAAACCGAGAGCCGUCGAUGAUCCCGAGAGAAAUGACAAAGUUUUCCGUAGAUGCGUGCACGUCGUGCCAGGCAUGAGAGCUGAGCGCUUACUUCAAGUUCCUCGAGUGAUUUGUUCCACGCGCCUCACAGGUUAUGUGAGACUCGUGCGAGUUUAUCACCCGGAGACGCGCAAUCCGAGACGUACGUUCGCGUAUUAUGGUACGCCCCGGCCCUUCGUGAGCGUUCCAGUGGCCUAACGAUGGAACGGAACGGUGCCAGAGAGAUGGAGGAGCGCCGAUGCAUUCGAGAUACUGGAAGAGCCCUGAAGAAGUACGGAAGCACAGCAAAGCAUAUGACGCGGACCGAGAGCUUGGUGAAGCACACAGUGUGCUCUACGGACACCCUUCAAGGAAUAGCCCUUAAAUACGGAGUUACGACAGAACAAAUAAGAAGGAUUAAUAGAUUAUGGGCAUCGGAUAGUUUAUUUUUACGGGAACAUUUGCUUAUUCCUGUCAGCGCAGACAGUCCCGCCUCUAUGUGCAACGACGAAUCGGCAGCUUCUGAAGAGCAUGAUGUUCCUCCAAAUAUAUCUAGUCCUUCUUCGAUAUCGUCAUCUAUUGACGAUGAAGGUUCAGUUAAUGAUUUCUUAGCUAAGAUGGAUAGCUCGAUAGCCAAUGCCAAGAGAGACGUCAAACGCACUCAAGGGAACAGUGAAUUUUGCACUGACGAUAAUGACGUUUACGUACAACGACGGCGUGGGUCUGCUAAAUUGCGAAACUCAUUUCCCACCACAUCGAAUACCUACUCAACGUCCUCCUCUGAUUCCAUCAGACCAGUGUCCUCUAGUGAUAUGCAUAAUUUUCCAACUGCUGUAGUUAUGACGCAAGGAAGAAGAGUAAAGACUUCCUUGCAAAGACUUGAACAGCAGCAAGAUGAGAUGUUCCAGUUGUAGCGUCUAAGUUUCAUUGGGCUGUAAUAUCCUGUGUGUCGAUUGUUAUUAAAAAGCUUGUAGGAAAGGAUGUACUGUAUAUCAAUGCGCGAAUAGGAGGUUGCUUUUCAUAUCUGAUGUUGGUUGAUCCAAUAUCACUAUAUUACAUAUAUAGUUUAAUUAUAUUAAACUGCAUUGCGCUCUCUUUUACAUUGAAAUAUCAUUCACGUAUCCUCUAGUUGAUCUAAGCAAUAUUCUUGUAUAAUAAUGAUUACACUAUCGCCAUAUUCCGGUUUUACGACUUCUUCGUCAUAAUGAUAUCGUGAAUGGAUCAACUGACUUUUAUAUAUACGUAGCGCUGAACUGUUUUACAUAACAUUGCUUAGUGGACCAUAUGUGCCUUGAAUAUAAAACUGUGUUAUAUAAGGGUCUCAUUCAUGCCCCA